AUGAAUAGUUUUGAGGAAGACGAUCGAAGGCGAUUGAUCUUUUGUAUUAAUAAUUUAUCCGUUGGCUAUGUCAAGAGCAUUAUACGCCUUUAUAACAGCAAUUUCGAGGUGACGUCAUUUAAUGAUAUUCAUGUGACACAAUUUUCUAACACUUGUUCGAUUUGGUGUCAAAACGAGCUUUCCGCAUUAAUAGCAAUAGACGCGGAAUUUAACAAAGCGAAAAAUCAUCAAAAAAAGAGAUUACGUAAGAUCAACAGAAAGCGAAAUGUUUAA